AUGUCCAACAGAAUCAGUGAUGGGAUUUACACUAAACUCACCGACAAUCUCAACACUACCAUAUCCAACAUAUCACACCAUCUGGCUCCAUCGGGGCAUAUCUCUAGAACGAUACACGCACGAAACAAAUGCACAGAGCAACAAUGGCAGGAAGAACACACAUCAAACCUCACACCAGUUUCACAAACGCUACCGAGCUUCACAACAGUGACGACAACAACCCCCGUGGCCAAUCUAUGGUGCCUUGCAACCGAACCAAUCCCACAAGUUGUAAUCGUAACUACAACUUCGCAAAUCGUUGCAAGACAACCAAUAGGGAUCCUUAUCCCACAACAACAGUCUUUCCCGCACACCUCCGACACUAGGACUUGGAUCCUCUACACCAUCCAACCACCAGCAUAA